AUGCAGGUCUCAGCUUUACACAUCCAACUCUUGUUAAAUGUGUUGAUGCUUCUGGUUGUAGAAGAUCAGGGCUGUUUCUGUGCUGACAGAACUGAAGCAUCUUUUCUUCGGGUUGUUCCAAACAAGCUGCAGCUCUUCGAGUAUGACUCCGUGUCUUUUGACUGUGAGGGAUUUGAUGAAUUCAGUGACUGGAGGGUGAUGAAGAGGAUCAUGGGAGUCGAAGACUUAUGUGGGACCGAUGGGAACGUCUCAAGACAUGGUUGUGAAAUUCAUCAUGCAUUUGCAGCGGACAGUGGGGAUUACUGGUGUGAAGCUAAGGGAAUAGGGAGGAGCAACUCUGUCAGCAUCAGUGUUACAGAUGGUUCAGUGAUAUUGGAAAGUCCAGCGCGUCCCGUGACGACAGGAGAAACUGUAACCUUGCAAUGCAGGAACAAGAUAAAGUCUUUGGACUUUCUAACUAAUUUUUAUAAAGACGGUAAUCUAACUGGGACUAGUUAUGGAGGAACAAUGACCAUCCAUGGCAUUUCGAAGUCUGAUGAAGGACUUUACAAGUGCAGCAUGGUCGGUGCUGGAGAAUCAGCAGAGAGUUGGAUGGCUGUCAGAGCUAUUCAAUCACCUAAAGCAGAGACACAUCUUCUUGAACAUCUCUGCGCACCUCUGGCCUUCUUCUUAAUCCCUGUGAUGAUGUUUGUCCCUGACACGCUCCUCUUCAUCAUCGCGGUCAUCAUCAGCUGCAGUGAUAUUCUGAGGCCCGAGUCAUCUCGCAGCGUCGGCGUCUUUUCUCCUCAGUAUGUGGUUUAG